AUGGAUCGUUGUUGUUCUUGCGUAGCUCGUUUACUUAGAGCGUCUGAUUUUCGACGAUUAGCACCACCGGUAUUUCGUAUGUUUAUAUCGAUACGUGUAUUGAAAACACUUCCGUGGCACACGAAAGUUUGUAAUAAAUGUCGCCAGUCAUAUGCGUAUUGGAAAAGAUGUAAUCCGGAAUUUACAAAUAUUUUCGACCGGAUCGAAGAAGAGUUUGUUGAAAAUAGUGAAUCAGAGGAUGAUCAGGUAGAAGAUAUGGAUACCAACGCUGCUGCAGACAAAGAAUGUCAAACUAUCGAACAGGAUGAUGGAACGCCGAGUAUUACGUUGCCACUUAAUUGUACAGUUUGCUCUCAUAAAUCGAUACGCACAGCGGUGGCCUGUUUAUUAUCUAAAUUACGGUUGGGUUUAUCUAAUACAGUUCUGGGAUUAUUAUUCGAAUUACCAGAUAAACGAGCUGUAUCUCGAGUUAGUGAAAGUUAUUUGAAAGAAUAUGGUUUGGGCGCAGUAAAAAUGCUACUCUUCCUAGACGAUUCAUCAUAA